AUGUGGCGUUGGCUGACUAGAUUUUCCGGGGACCGAGGUCCGCCGGAGGGUCAACAACGUUCUCUCACAUUGCCCCGCAAUGCUUCGGAGUCCCCUUCACCUAGCCCCUGGCGUGAUGGCGUCAGUUCGCAAAAGAAGGCCAACACCAUGGAUAAUGCUCACGAGGUGGAUGGCACCGUGAGCGACGCGGCAACGCCGCUGAAACGCAGUCGUUUUGAUUUCCUUAGACCCCGUCGGUGGAGGACCCUAUCAUUUUCGCGAAAUUCAAGCAAACUGCGGGAGGGUAAGAGCUCGGGCAGGUCCUCCUCCCCUGACGCCUCGACUCGCUCCUCCCCUGCCCGUCAGGUCUCCGGACAGAAACCCCUGAACAGUGAGCGGCCGGCCAGGCAGGCGAAUCAGUCCUCCACGCAUGGCCUUCCAACUGUUUCAUCUCAAUCCUCCUCCAGAGCGAGUACGCUCUCGGACAAGGAUAUUACACCAACUACGGAAGAGCGUAAGCCCUUUAAAACACUUGAGAAGAAGGGUGCUGCCGCCGCCCGCCCCGGACCCCCUUCUAUGGAGGAAAGGUCGAAGCGAAGCCCAUCUGCCAGCAAAAGACGUGCCAAAAGACCCCGAAGCCCGCCCUCCCCUCUCCCACAGUCUCCGUCCGUCUCGUUGUGCACCACUUCCUCCUCAGGUAGACCGAGCAGGAGGGAUGCCAAGAGCAGGACCCUCACAAAGCCUUCUUUUCUCCAUUUUGCCAAACAAGCUGCCGCCUACGACCCCCUGACGGUGAGUGUCCCAUAUCAUGCUUCCAUUCCGUAA